AUGCCGGCGCUUGAAAAACUACGUUUGGAGGAGGUUGGGGGGAUUACCGACCUGCCCGCCUGUCUCGGGCAGCUGCAGCGGCUGCGGCUCCUUUCAGUAACCUACUGCGGCGAUUCAGCAUCCUUCCCCACCUCCCUUUCCCAUCUGUCUUCCCUGACGGACCACAAUCUCGCCGGCCUACCACUCCGUCAUCUGCCAGGCGACGUCGCUCUUCAAUCUCUGCCCGAGGAUUUCGGGCAGCUAACUGUCCUGGAGACGCUGCGCUUAGUUAAGCUUCCUCAGCUCAGCAGCCUGCCCGCGUCGCUUGGCAACCUGAAGAACCUCAAGGAGCUGAUUAUAGCCGCAUGCAGCCUGCUGACGCAGCUUCCGGACUCCCUGAGUCAGCUAUCUUCCCUCGAGCUGCUGCAAAUCAAUGACUGCUGCAAGCUGAGAUCGCUACCGCACGGCAUGGGGGAUGGCCUGCAUAGCCUGCGCAGACUGUAUCUACUCGACUGCACGGCUCUCGCCCACCUCCCUCCAUCCUUCUCCAGCCUCGCGUCCCUGCGAAUCCUAGCAAUCUGUGAAGCAACCAGCUUACGAGGCACGCUACCAGGCAGGCUGUCCCACUUGACAAGCCUCAAGGAGCUCUCUCUCUCCUCCCUGAAUGCCUCCCUCCCUGCCUUCGCCCGCACUCUCACCAGCCUUGUGGUCGCCAGGUCCUCGCGAAUCAAGGCGCUGCCAGAGGAGAUCGGACAGCUGGGAGACCUUGAAAGGCUCAAGCUCUUACAACUACCUAACCUGAAGUCGCUCCCUCGCUCGCUGUAUCAGCUGCAGCGGUUGAAAUCUCUGCAAGUGAGUUCCUGCAGCGCGCUGGAGUCGCUGUUUGGGGAUGAAGACCAGGGGGGUGCACGCACGGGGGGUGCACGCACGGGAGCCGCUGGGCAAGAGUGUGCGGGAAGAAUCGCCCGUCUGGAGCUAGUCGGUCGCACAGGUAGCAGCAGUGCCGCUGGCAGCUGUGGGGGGUCUGAGGAGAGUGGUAUGAGUGUGUUGCUGCCAUCCCUGGAGGUCCUUGAACUCGCAGAGCUUCCAGUGCAGCAGCUCGGUCCAUGGCUGGGAUGCCUCCCGUCGCUAACAAGCCUGCAAAUCCGAGACAUGGAUCGCCUCCAAUUGCUCCCAGACUCCAUCUCUCGCCUCUCUCACUUGCAGUCAUUGACGAUCACCCAUGCCAAAAGCCUGCUAGCUCUGCCAGAGACAAUAGGGAAGCUCUCAGCACUCACAUCCCUCCAUUUGAACGGUCUUAUGGGCUUGACUGAGCUGCCCAAAUCAAUCGGGCAGCUGAAGAAGCUUCAGUCUUUUCAGAUCCAAAACAGCCGAGGACUAACCAGGCUUCCCGAGUCCUUCCCUGACCUCUGCGGACUGCAGCGGUGUGGUUUGUGCACUAUCGGAAUCUCGAGCAUUCCUCAUGACUUCUGGAAGCUCUCUUCUCUCGUGAGCCUCUCUUUGCUGUUCCUGCCCAAUGUCCGCAGCCUGCCCAAUAAGUUUUCGCAGCUGCCCGGAUUGGAGGACUUGUACCUGUACGGAUGCAAUCGGCUGGCCCGGUUACCCAGGGGGCUGCAGCAGAUGGGGAGGCUGCAGACGUGCUAUGUGAAUGACUGCCCGGUGGUGGGGAAUGAACGGAGGAUGGUGGUUUACAACCUGGACGAGGGAGAGCGUGCUGUGGGUGCCUUAGAGGGACGGGAUGAUUCGGUGCCAGAAGGUGGGAAGGACGAGGAUGAGGAAGGGGAUGGGGAGGAAGAGGAUGGGAAGGAAGAAGAUGGGGAGAAAGAGGAUGGGAAGGAAGAAGAUGGGGAGAAAGUGGAUGGGGUAGAAGAGGAUGGGAGAAAGAGGAUGGGGAGGAAGAGGAUGGGGAAGGAAGAGGAUGGGAAGGAAGAGGAUGGGGAGGAAGGGGAUGGUAGAAAGAGGAUGGGGAGAAAGAGGAUAGGGAGGAAGAGGAUGGGGAGAAAGAGGAUGGGGAGGAAGAGGAUGGGGAGGGAAGAGGAUGGGGAGGAAGAGGAUGGGGAGGAAGAGGAUUGGAGGAAGAGGAUGGGGAGGAAGAGGAUUGGGAGGAAGAGGAUGGGGAGGAGGAGGAUGGGGAGAAAGAGGAUGUGGGAGAAAGAGGAUGAGGAGAAAGGGUAUGGGGAGGAGGAGGAUAGGGAGGAAGAGGAUGAAGAGGAAGUGGGGACAGAGGAGGAGGAUGAGUGGAGUGAAGGGGAGGAAAGAGAGGGUAGUGAAGGGGAGGGGAGUGAAUGGUAG